AUGUCAACUGCAGAUGUAAUACAAGAUUCCAUUUAAGAUGAAUGUGUCUUAAAUAUAAAUUGGCAGAUAAAUAAUUUAUAUUAAUAAAUAUAACAAGAAGUGCCUUACAAAUUAGAUAAACAAAUUUGUGCAUUUACUUUUAAUAAGUCAAAUUAACUUCUAGUUGGAGCAUGUUUAAAAAACAUCCAAGGAUAUGUGAUAAAUAAAGGUUAAUUGAAAUUAAUUUCAACAAUGAUUGGUCAUAUAGACAAUGUGAGGAUUACAAGAUUUAUGAAUGUAACUUCUAAGAACAUACUUAUUUCUGCCAGUGAAGAUAGAUCAUUAAGAGUAUGGUCAUAUACAUAAUUGGCUAGACCAAAAUUUCUGUAAAAAAUUAAUGCUCAUAUGAAUGGAAUUCUAUGUUUUAUUUUAAAUAAAUCAGAAGAUCUACUUAUUACUGGGAGUAGAGAUACAACUUUAAAAUUUUGGAAAAAGAAUAAUUAAGUAUAAAAUGGUUGCAUUUUAGCCACUUGUGUAUAAACUUUAAAUUAACAUUCUCAUAAUAUUUAUGAUUUGAGUUUAUCCCCAAAUGAAGAUAAAUUAAUUUCUUGCGCUGAAGAUUCAAGAAUAUUAAUCAUUUCACUUAUACAAUCAGAAUGGAAAGUAACUUAGAUAAUAUAGGUUUAGAAAUUUGGAUUCAGAUUAAGUUUUAUUGAUAAUAAUAUUUUUACUUUUCAACCAAUAUUAGCUGAAUUUAUGUAAGUUUAUGAGCUAAACUAGGAUGGUCAAUUUAUAAAAACAUUUGAUGUUUAAGUAAAAGGAGGUAUUUAAGAUUGUAGAAUAUUUUUUCCUUAAUAAUAUAUUUCUGAAAAAAAUCUGCUUAUCAAUAAAAAUGGCUUUCAUAUUAAUAUCAUAAAAGUGAUUUUUAGAAAAGAGAAAAAGUCUCAAAAGUUAUAAAAAGCAAAGUUUGUUGUUGAAUAAUCAAUUAGCUUUGGUUAAGAAUCAACUGGACUAAUAUUUGGUCAAUUAAGUGACAAUGCAGAGUACUUAAUAACUUGGGAUGGUAACACCAAAGAAUUGUAAAUGAGAUAACUGAUUAAAAAAAUAAAUUGA